AUGCCCCGCUCUCUCCGCCGCGACAGCGCCGCUGACCAUAGAGCUUUGGCGAACAGCCCAUUCCGACUCGAGAUGCCUUCCAUCACACCCGCACAGCUAGCGUUUUCAGCCUUGCAAUUUCUGCCAGUGCCUGUAUUAGUGCUGGACAACUGGAAGACCGUUGUGCUGGCCAACGAGGCCAUGGGGAAGCUAUUGGGUCUCAUAUCUGAGUCUGACGAGAGCGAUGCCGACGAGGCAUCCAAUGCCACGGAGCAAAUCUACGGGCACACGCUUUCUCAGGUGGGAAUCGACCUGGUCCAGGAUGGAAAGCCGAUAUGGGUUUCCUGGGAACCCUUUCUGGACACGAUUGCCGAGGAGAUGAGCUCGCCGCAUGCUCAAACGGGCAGCGGCGGAGUGGACUCCAAGAUUCGCCCUGGCCAAGGCGAUGCGACGCCUACUACGGAAGGGUUGAGGAUCAAAAGACGGCCCAGCCAGUCUCAACAACAGACGGUCGUUGAAGUCAUUGUGUCACGAAACGAUCUCGGCCAGUCAAUCCUUCACUCCUCCCGGCGCGCAAGCAGCCAGGAUCCUGAGAGCCAGACGUAUGCGAAGAUGAUCGUGAGUGUGUGGGAGGUCGCCGGUCAUCAGACGUACUUCGCCCUCACAUUCACCAACACCGAGUCGUCCUCAAACGUGAGCACAAGAACAAGGGCAGUGGCUCGGCCGAGCGCUCUUGAAUCGGCCGAAAAGAAGAAGAUGAGGUCUUCCUCCUCCAAUACUCCCUCGGUUUCGUCCAGCCACUCGGCCAGUUCGCCAUCUUUACGAAUCAGUCCGAACGCCGUCUCCCUGUCCUCAGGCCCCUUCCCGCCGAUGGGCCCCCCUUUCAACUCCGUGCAAAGUGCGCCAUCUCUUCUCCAGAAAACACUCAUCAUCAAGGACGCCCUUCUCGAUACCACGGAAACUCCCAUCAUGGCGAUGUGGAAGGAUGGUACGAUAGCAUAUCCAAACGCGGCUGCCCGGAGAUUGAUGACCAAGGGGGCUCAAUCCACUUAUUCAGCUGAGGGUAUGGAUAUACUAUCGAGUUGGAUUGUGUACACCGAAGACUUUAGCAGGCCUCUCGAGCAUGACGAAUACCCCAUUGCUAUUUUGCUAAGGACCCAGACACCCUUUUCUGGAAUGCGGAUUGGCCUGCUCGACACGGAUGGCAAGAAGAUCGUGCUAGACAUAUUGGCCGAGGCGAUUCGUGACGAUGAAACGGGCGAGUUUCUGGCAGGGAUCAUUACGUGCCGAGAUGUGACCAAAAUGGCCAAGGAGAUUGACCAGCUGAAGGCGAGGGAUGCGGAGAGGUUCAAAACCAUUUGCGAUAUCAUUCCUCAGCUCGUCUGGACGACUGAUCCAUGGGGCAGUCUCGACUUUUUUAACACACGAUGGUUUGAAUUCACGGGCAUGAGUCUCGAUGAGUCUUUGGGGCCGAUGAAGUGGACGCAGGCCCUGCACCCGGACGACACGCCUGCAACCGCGAAGAAGUGGGAGCACAGCAUGCGCACCGGAGAACCGUACAGCGCGGAGUACCGUCUUCGAACCAAGAAGGGCGAGUGGCGGUGGAUGCUGGGCAGGGCUAUGCCUCUGCUGAGCCCCGAAACUGGGAAGAUUGAGAAAUGGUUUGGCACGUGUACCGACGUGCAUGACAGCAUCGAGUCGAAACUCGCUGCGAGGAGAACCCGCCAGCAGCUCCUCAGCGUCAUCGCUCACGCCCAUGUCACCAUCUUCGCUGUGGACCUGGACCGCAAAAUUACCAUGCUGGAAGGAGCGCUGAUCGAGCACGCGAGUGCGAACCUGGGCUCCCCGCCUGGCUGGUGCAUAGGAGGAAACGUGGAUGAGGUUUUCAACCGUCUGCAUCCCGAGCUGCCUGUUGGUCAGCGCCCUGAUUUCCUCUCGGCCGUCGACGCGAUCUUUGAGCAGAGGGCCGGCGAUGUUCUGGUUGAGCACAGUAUAGAUGACCGGCACUUUCGGACAAGAUUCUUACCACUAGCUAUUAAGCAGAAGGACACAGGAUCAAAACCAGAGGGGCGAGGCGAUAGUAUACCAGGCAAUGACAUAGAGGGUGCAAUCGGCAUCAUAAUGGAUGUGACCGAGCUGAAGGCGAAAGAGGCUGUCCUCGAGGCCCAAGCCAAGGAGAAGCAACAGCUACUGGCAAAUGAGGCGGCUGCUAAGGAGGCCAGCAGACUGAAGAGCCAAUUCCUGGCCAAUAUGUCUCAUGAGAUCCGAACGCCUAUAACUGGCGUCAUUGGUAUGGCGGAGCUGCUGUUAGACGUUGACCUCAAUGACGAGCAGCGAGACUAUGCAGAAAACAUCUUCCGGUCAGCCAACGCCUUGUUGACGGUCAUCAACGAUAUUCUUGACUUCUCGAAGGUCGAAUCUGGGCGGAUGGAUAUUGAGGAAGUCCAGUUCCGCGUGUCUGUCAUAGUGCGAGACGUGCAUAAAAUGCUCAGUUUUGCUGCCCAGCGGAAAAAUCUCGAGAUCAUUGCGGACAUCGCACCCGACAUUGCCGAGGAUCUUGUGAUCCUUGGUGACCCAGGCCGGGUGAGACAGAUUAUCACGAACCUGCUUACCAACAGCAUCAAGUUCACGCAUCAGGGCUUUGUCAAGCUGUCACUCACCAAGGAGCGAGAGACGGACGACAUGGUCGAGAUUCGAUUCGUUGUGCAGGAUACCGGCAUCGGUAUGGAUGAGGAGAUUCGCAAGAGACUUUUCCAGCCGUUCAGCCAAGGUGAUGCGUCAACGGCAAGGAAGUUCGGCGGAACAGGCCUGGGACUGACUAUCUGCAAGAGUCUUCUUGAGCUGAUGCACGGCCACAUGACCCUAGAGUCGGUGCCCAACCAGGGGACUACAGCCUCCUUCUGGGUGCCGUUUAACAAACCUCAUGGGACACAACCGUCGAACCUGGUCAAGAUCCAGCCAUUGCCAGAUCGGCUCCAGUCCGAAAUGAGCGUCUCCUGCAACAGCUCCGACUUUGAAGUCCUUGGGACACCGCCCAGUGGAGAGUUUGCGGGGGGUCCGGCGGAGAAGAGCAGGCUGCCUACCAAGCUGAAGGCUUCGAUUGUCGCUGCUGAGGAUGGCCUCUCCAAGGAUGAGCGCUCCAAGAUCCACGUGCUGGUCGUCGAGGACAACGCCAUCAAUCAGCAGAUCGCCACCAAGACGAUCCAGAAGUUGGGAUUUAGCGUCGCGGCAGUCUGGAAUGGACGCGAGGCGCUGGAAUACCUGGCCGAGGCGCAGAAUGGGCAGAAAAUAAAGCCCAGCAUCAUUCUUAUGGAUGUGCAGAUGCCCAUCUGUGAUGGCUACAAGGCCACGCAUCUGAUACGCCACCACGCUCCCUACAAAUCUUACAUACGGGACGUUCCCAUCGUGGCCAUGACGGCAUCAGCCAUCCAGGGCGAUCAGGAGAAGUGCAGGAGAGCGGGUAUGGAUGAUUACCUCGCGAAACCGGUGAGGUCGAAGACGCUGGAGCAGAUGCUCGUGCGGUGGUCUGUCGACAAACGAACACUACCUACGCCUCCACCUUUAUCGUCCCAUGCCUCCAUUUGCUCGGAGCAGAGCGAUAACUGUAUGAGUGCGGGAAUCCCAGCCGUCGGGCUCGACGAGGUCGAUGGAGACGCGGCCGUGCCGGAGGCGCUACAGGCAGAGGCAGAUCCCGAGGAGAGGCGCAAUAGUCCUCUCACACCGAGGCCCAAGCUCUUGACGGCAACCUCCUUCUUCUCGGCGGCGGCCGUGGAUGUUCCUCAGCAGCAGCAGCAACCACCGAUGGGGCUGUCGCCACCACGCAAGCCGGACCUGCAGAUGCGACGUGUCGAGACGGACGAGCUCGCGCAGCAAAGCCGGGAUGACAAGAUGAUCGACGCAGCGGGGGGUCCUGCGGUAGUGCCUCUAGUGCAUACGCCAAUGAUAGACAAGGGGAAUCCUCUGACCGAGGCCAAUGUGCAAAAGUUUCAGCAGGAAGAGUUUAACAGGAGAAUGUCCUAA